GGCACUGACUGGCGCAACUGCUGGGCAGCACUGACUGGCGGCACUGCUGGGCUGCACUGAUGGGCACUGGUGGGUGGCACUGCUGGGCACAGGUGGGCGGCACUUCUGGGCGGCAUUGCUGGGCACAGGUGGGUGGCACUGCUGGGCAGAACUGGUGGGUGGCACUGCUGGGUACCGAUCAGGGCACUGAUCAUCAGUGCCCUGAUGAUCGGUGCCGAUCCCUGCUCUGAAAACUGCCAGUUCUCUGCAGUACUUUCCUCACGAUCUGACAGCAUGAGGAAAGUGCAACCGAGAACUGGCAAUUGCAU